AAAAAUUUGUGAAUUCUUUUGUGCAAACCCGGUUAGUUUAGAGGUUCACUUUACUAUGAUCUAUCGUAAUAAUGUUUUUAUAUAUUCUAUUUUGUAUCUCUGUUAUACAGUUAUUCUCUUUUCAGGUGACAUGGCAGAGAGUUACAGACCAAUCACUCAAGUUGCCAUUGCAUCAGAUCCAGGAAGGUGUCCACCUGGAUUCACUCUGAUUGAUCGUUCCUACGAUCGUCGGGAUGACGCUGAUCUGUGGAGAGAUGGCUUGUUUGGGAGAAAAGUGGUUCGAUAUCUCUGUGUAGAAAAACUGACACCAUCACCGGGUAGAGAUGUAUUGGUAGAUGUCACUGUCAUCGGAGAUAGAGAUGCCAUUCCAGCGGGAUUUAGCUGUGUAGAUUACACGUGCGAUACUCGUGAGAAGGCUGUGAGAAAGAAGAUGCUAUGUGUAAGAUACAUGUCCAGUGAUUUAACAAAUGAUGCUAUAUGUGAACUUAUCCUCCUUACAAGGGGAGUCAGGCGGCCACCAAAUGGGUAUACAUUGGUCGGAGAGCUGAAUUACAUGGGACUGUGCUACAAGAUGGCUUGCUUCAAUAAGCCUGGAGUUCAGAUGGAUUCCCACCAGGGUCAUGCUAAUAACUCCACCUUCCACACACAGGGCUACACAACUCAAUCCACACCAAUGAACAUGAGUUCUCUAGCCUCCAAUUUGCAAUACAACCCGACUCCUUCUAAAAAGAAUGAACCAUUGGAAAGGGGCACCAGCUUCACUGAUUCUGCAAAUACUCUGCAAGGUAUGUGUAGUGUAGAAAAUAGAAAAGUGUGA